UCGCUGUUUAGUAGAAUAUUUGUUGUCAGUAAGCGACUGUGUAACACUUUAGUCCAAUUGUUUGUAAACUUCAGAAAUUUAGAAAUUUUUGUAAAAUGGCAGCAGUUUCAAGCUACGAAAUGUUCGAUGACGGCAAAAUAUUUGCCGAUUACGGAAAGUCGGGUUUUAAUUUUGAGAAUUGUCGACGCAAUGAAAUGAUGAUUAAAAAUGGUUUCAAAGUACCAAAAUCGAUUAAAACGGGAACAACAAUUGUCGGCAUUAUUUUCAAAGAUGGUGUUGUUCUUGGUGCUGACACUCGUGCCACCGAAGGUCCAAUUGUAGCCGACAAGAAUUGUGAGAAAAUUCACUUUUUGGCCAAGAACAUGUAUUGUUGCGGUGCUGGAACAGCAGCCGAUACAGAAAUGACAACAAAUAUGAUUUCAUCGCAAUUGGAAUUGCUUCGUUUGAAUACUGGACGUGAAGUGCGUGUUGCCACCGCCAACACUCUGCUCAAACGAAUGCUAUUCCGUUAUCAAGGCCAUGUUAGUGCUGCUUUAGUAUUGGGUGGUGUCGAUAUUAGCGGGCCACAUAUUUAUUCAAUUCAUCCCCAUGGAUCAACAGACCGAUUGCCAUACACAACAAUGGGUUCGGGCAGUUUGGCUGCUAUGGCUGUGUUUGAAGCUCGUUGGAAACCGAAUAUGGAAGAAGAGGAAGCCAAAAAAUUGGUUCGCGAUGCAAUCGCCUCGGGUGUAUUCAACGAUCUUGGCUCCGGAUCGAACAUUGAUUUGACAGUCAUCAAAAAAGGAACCGUAGAAUAUUUGCGCGGUUAUGAAUAUGCCAAUGAGAAGGGGCGACGUGCUUUGAAUUAUGACUUCAAACUGGGCACAACAGCCGUACUCGAUACGAAAAUUCACCAAUUUGAUAUCGAAGAGACCGUUAUUCCAAUCGCAUCCACAAGCGCCACUCCAAUGGACACUGCAUAAUUUACAAUUUUCUUUGGUCUUUAAAUUUUUCUUUUUAUAAUGAUACAUAAUAAAAAUGGGCUAAUAGCCAAAAAAUGGUAUUCA